AGAGAUGUACACUUGUUGCGCUCCGGAGAUGAUGUUAGUUGUGGUUUGUUGUGUUGUUGAAGGCGUAAGCGUCAUUAUACUACUUAGUGACAGAGCCGGCUAAACAAAAACAUCAACAUUUUUUUACUUUUUUUCGUUUUUGGACUUCUUGGAAAUUAUAGUACUAUCGAGUGAACUAUACUUUUGCCGCUAGAGACUAAUUAAUCGUGUGCCUUAGGUGCAAUGUUUAUGAGAUGUGGUACGUGAACGUUUGUGCCGUAAGAACUAAACAGCAGUCGCAUAAAGUAUAAUACUCAGAUUUACAGACAGAUGGAUGAUGGCAGUAGAGAGCAGUCAUCACCGGAGUCUUCCGUACGUGCUGGACCAUCAGCUUUGGGGCAAAAUGAGCAGGCCGAUCAAGAGGUACAGCCUUUGUGGAGCUUAUACAGGAAACCUACCCCCUGUCCAGAAUCAGAUCCAGAAUCAGAUGACCAGUCCUAUGCAAGCGAAGCAUCAAGUGAUGAAUCUGUUCAGUGGGAAAAAGAGUUUAUAGGUAAACUGAUGAAAAUUAAGAAAUAUUCCUGUCAGCAAGAGAGAACAGCACCAGCCAGUGAGGACGUGAUAGGAAAGCCUGCGGAGGAAGAGCUGCCAAAGCACUGUGAUGUAAACCAGGACACCAAGCAAAUCAGCUAUCAGCAACAAGAAUCUGAGGUGCUGAGGUCAAUAUUAAAUCAGGACAUAGUGGGAAGUCCAGGAAGUCCAACAAACAGCCAGGUGUCUUCAACUUGUGACUCUGGCUGUAUGGAAGAACAUUGUGUGUCUUGUUUGCAUGAGCAUGAGAAUACAAGGCAAAAAUUGCACUAUGAGAAUCAACAGUUUGGAGAAGUGAAUAAACAUGAUAUUUCAGGGGUGACUGAGCAACAACCAGGAUGCUCAAAUAACUGUUGUGUCUCUUCAUCUUGUAAUUCAAAUCAGUUGCAAUUAAGACCAGACAUUGAAACAGAAGAUCAUAUUUGUGGUAAACUUAAUUUGGGCUAUGUUUCAAGAUGGAUGAAGGCACAACCAGCAAGUCCAACACAUUGUGAGGUUUCAUCAUCAUCCUAUGAUUCUGAGUCAGAUGAUGGGCAUGCUGGAUCUCGUGAACAGGAAAGGGAGAGACAAAACCAAACUUCCCUGCAGCAAGCACAACCAAAUUCAGACUUUAUUUUGGCUGGCACUUCAGAGGAAAGUGAGAAAAUGAUAGAAAGCCCAAGAAACUGCCAAGUUUCAUCUUCGUGUGAAUCUGAUUCAGAUGCCUCUGGGUACAGUAAAUUGUGUUUAAGAGUGUCAGAGGACUCAAUGGAAGAUGACACAGAUCAUUCAAGUGGAAAAGAUAAAAGGAAGAAGUCAUGUGAAACAUCAGCUGCAAGGAAAGAUGGAGAUGACACACACAUAAAUGCGAGAUCUGAGCAAUACAAGUCUGUAGACUCAGUGAAUUAUGAUGCUAGUGAAGAAGUCCCUACUCAAACAGCGCCAUUGUCUCCGCGCAUUAAGAGGAGAAACAUUUCCCACCUGGGGCAGCUGGGUAGUUACUCUCAGUUGGACCCAAACCAACCUUCUCACAGGCAUCAUCAGUGGACAAGGGACUUCCCCUGCAGAGGCCGCCCUGCCAGGUUGAGAAGCCAGUCCCCUGCAGAUAGAGUGAGUCGAUGGAAAAGAAGUCCUUCACCAGAGGAAUCCUGCAGAAAAUUGAGAAGCAGAAGCGUGCUACCGAUCAGAGAUACUCAACGUGUGACGUGGAUAAAAAGACGUUCAAAGUCUUGUGACGCAUACAGAAAACAUAAAAGAUCACAUGAGAGUCGACAUCCAUCAAAAGAACAUUUACUAUUCAAAAGAAUGGAACCAGUAAGUGAGCCAUCAUCGAACAAUAGAGUGGAAAGGCAGUCCAGAUCAACCAGAAGGAGAUGGUCGAAGCCUGCUAGCAUAUCUGGAAGUCACAAAACUUCAACUAGCAGUAGAGAUAAAUCAACACUGCAGAUGACUGCCAGCAAUUCAGAAUCAUUGUCAGUAAGAAUGGCUGCAAGAUGUAUACACUGCAGUAAUAGUCACAAAUUCCAAAAGGAACGCUCUAUACUUGAAAGUGAACGUGCCAUUCAGGGAAGGAGCCAUGUGAACCAGACACUCUCGAGUAAAACUCAGAAUGUCACAGAAGAACUGUUAAAGUACAGAAGGCGGCGUUCAUUGUCUAGAAGUAGAUCGGUAUUGAAUACCACAGAAGAAUCUGGGGAUGAGGUAAUAGGAACCAAAAUAAUGCAUAGUUUGUCGGGAGUGCAGGAAAACUCAAGUGGUAAAGAACAACCAACUCAAGGGUUCAAAAAGCACACAAGGAAUCAAUCAAUGUGUCUAAACACAUCUAAAAGAAACAAAAGAACAAGUAAAAAGAAAGAGGCACCAAAAGAGCAUGUGGUGACCUUAAGAAGUGAUUCAGUUAUUCAAAAUCAGAAAUCAUUCACUCCAUUGAAUAACUGCUGUGAACUUGCACAAGGACAGCCAGCAUUUGGAAGCAAGCUCUUGGUGCGAAUUACCCGAUUAAAAAAUACUGAGGAUAUUAGGACUAACCAGUUGUCAGGUGAGCAGUCGUCACUCAAGGACAAGAUUUCAAUAACAGAUGACAUUUCUGCAAGACUCCAGCAUUCAGGCCCAGAAGAUGCAUUUAGGAAGAAAACACAUUCACAUAGAAGUCAGGUAUCAUCAGAGGAAAGACCCACAUCUUCACAUAAGCAAUCUUUAUCAGUGAAUAUGUCUAGAGGACAAAAUCAUCUGAAUAAAUUUCAAGAGAUAAAAGACCAGUCAACUUUCAGCAGUACAAAUUCUUUGCUAACAAAACCUAGUGAGGAUGCCCAUAUAAGCAAGGGCAAAGAAUUUUCUUAUGACCAUGUAGCUGACAAUAGUUGUUUAAUGCCAAAAAACAAUACGAAAAUGCAUACUGAAUCAAAAAAUAAUCAAGAACUGGCAGGAGGUACCUUAAAUUUGAAAAACUUUAAAGGGUUCCCAGAAGAACAAGUUUCAGUAAACGGCAAGCUUUCUCUACCUGCGAUCAUAUCAGAAAGUUGUGAUUUUCCAAUAAGCAUGCAAGCACUACAUCAGCUGUACUCAGCAAGCAAAAGACAUUCUGCAUCUGUGCUCGCACAAGGGACCUCUUCAUCACUGAAUGAAGUCAAAAUGGCACCAGAUCCUUUGUCAGAUAGCAAACGUUUGUCUAGAAAACGAAAACUCUCAAACGAAGACUAUCAGUCACAACAUAAGUCUCUCAAAUCCAGGUGCCAAUUUUUGUCAGUGCCUUGUGUGGCAUGUGAAAACCAAGGACAUCUUUCCAAAAGGAGAGUACUUGGGAAGGUCAAGCAAUCUGCUGAAGCUGUACAGAGCAUCCUCCAGUCAAACAAAGUGAAAGUGAGCAAAAACAAAGCUCUACUUCUCCAAAUGGCAACAUACAAUUCACAUCUACAGUUGGGACAUACCUCCACAGUGAAUGGGUCUACUGCAUCUAGUGAAACCUCACAGGAAAAAAGUUGUUCUAAGAUUUCAGGAAGAAAUAGUUCCUUAUUUAAAGAUGCAAGUGCAGUAUGUGAUGUAACAGCAUCAGAUGCCAGAGCGGUAAAAUGUUCCUUGCAAGACAGAAUUUGCUGCAAAGAAGACAGUGCUUUGUUAGGACCUAGUAGAAGUCAGAUCAAGCCUUGUUCAGUGGUUCUUAAAAAUUUAGAACUUUCAUCAGAAAAAUUUGUAUUCCCACCCUUUCCUCAUGUUGCUUGGACUACAAAAGUGAGUGACUUCUGUUUGCCGCAAGAUUAUAUGAACACAGUGUGGAAAAAAGGCAAGUGAACUGACAACACUGCCAUCCAUAUGUAUGUAUGUCACCAAGUCGGUGUUCGUGUGUGUGUGUGGGGGGGGGGGGGGGGGGGGGAGUUACUUAUGUAAAUAGUGGAUCAUUAUUUUAUCUGUAAAUAAUGUGUAAGUAAUAGAAAAAAUAUAUUGUCCCUGUUUUUAAUCUAAGCUAACAGAAAAUGUAAAUUUGCAAAGCAUUUUAAAAGAACUUGUCACAAAUAUUUUGAUAAGUGAAAUAAUUAUGCAUGCUACAUUUUAUAAAAAUAACAGAAAAAAAAUACAAUGAACAAAUGAUCUGCAAAGUGAGACUGUGUUUAUGUGAGAGCAAAAGUAUUUAUUGUGUUUAAUAUUUUAGAAGGAAACUAGUGAAUUUAUGUAUAGUGACAGUUAUUUCUGAUUUAAUUGCACCGUGUGAAGAGAAUAUAUGAAGCAUCUCAAACUACCAAAACUGUCUGUUUUGAAGUUCUUUAACAUGAGUGUAAGUUUGUAAUGUGUAUGUCACUUAGCUACAUGGGUGAGAAUAUUAAGCAUAUUAUUUACAACCAAACAUGUUGCUGUAAGAUUUUGUAUUUAUUAAGUUGUAAACUUCACUGUGGAGUGUAAUGUAAAUUUUUUGUACCAAAUAUUGAUGUCUUGAUGUGUAUCUUUUACAUCAAUAAUAAUAACAACAUUUGUUAUA